GCAAGCUUGGAUUGAGUGAAUGAAAGAAUUGGGCGCAGGCAACCCUCGAGGUUUUACAGCUCGUAGGCGGCUGCUUGACGCCGAAGGCACAGCCUCAGCCACCAUGCAUGCCACCUGCCGAAAGACGCUCCAUGGAGAACCCAGAUUCGUUAGCUCUAGAGUUUACCUGUCGGAUACGACUUUAUUAUCUACUGAUAGCGGCACACGAGUCUGAUGAAGCUUUACUAAGGAGUUUUGAUCGAGAUGCAGGGACGACAGAAGAGCAAGCACAACUAAUCUCAUGCGCACUGUCAAUCAACGAGCUGAUACGACUCUUGAUUGCUCAAGUUUAACGAAGAACUGUUGAUGCAGUUUGAUAGACG